AUGUUAGAGGCUGCUCGUGACCUCACACUCGAAGCAGCCCAAUCCGCUGGUAGUAGCAGGAGUCUCCGCUCGAUAGAAACGUCACGAGCUCCUUCGUCCGCACAAAUCAAAAAAUUACUAGACAGCCGCAACGACCGAGAGAUUUUGGACGGAUUGCGCAAAGUGAUUUCGUUGAUGUAUCAGUCCGAUACAUGUCUGCAAUAUUUCUCCGCCGUUGUCAAAAACGCUGCCAGUCCCAACAUCGAAGUCAAAAAGCUUGUCUACAUCUACCUCCUUCACCAUGCCGAAGCCGAGCCGGACCUCGCCCUGCUCUCGAUCAAUGCGAUCCAAAAGUCCCUCACAGAUACGAACCCGCAGGUUCGGGUUAUGGCAUUACGAACUAUGUCCGGAAUCAGAGUUCCCGUCAUCAGUCAGAUUGUCUCCCUUGCGAUCAAACGUGGAGUGGGAGACAUGAGCCCUCAUGUCCGAAGAGCUGCCGCCUUGGCUAUUCCAAAAUGUUAUCGGCUUGACCCGAAUACAAUACCGCAGCUCAGGGAAUGCCUUUUCACUUUGCUGGGCGAUAAUCAAUACUUUGUGGUUGGGCCCGCUGUCUCGGCAUUUCUGGAUGUAUGUCCUGAUCGAUUGGACUUGAUACACAAACACUACCGGAGCCUGGUGAGAAAGCUCGUCGAUAUGGAUGAAUGGAGUCAACUAGCCACACUGCGCCUUUUGACAAUAUACGCCAGGAAAUGCUUCCCCCGUAAGAUGCAGAAGGUGAAGAAGAACGAAGUUAAGGGUUUCUAUGACGAUUAUGGCAAUGGUGGAUCUCAUGAAGCGACUAAUGGCGAUGCAGAUGAAGAAGUUCCAGUCCUUGAUCCUGACCUCGAGCUCUUUUUGCGUGCAUGCAAGCCCUUACUGCAAAGUCGCACGUCCGCUAUCAUAGUGAGCAUUGUUCGCUGCUACCUAUAUCUCGGCACUCAGGAGUACCUCGAAAGUGCUAUUGGCCCACUAGUCGCGCUUGUACGCUGUCCGCAAGAUAUUCAAUAUGUUGCUCUAUACAACAUUGUUGCUGUGGCUUUCCACGCGCCGAAGUUGUUUGUUAAAUAUGCUUCCCACUUUCUUGUUCGGGCCAUUGAUCCACCGCAUAUCUGGAGACUCAAGCUCGAAGUGCUUACGAUAAUCUUCCCUCACCUAGGAAUGUAUUAUAGGGGCAUCAUACUUAGCGAGCUCGAACACUUUUCGCAAGGGACAGAUCCCGACCUAGUCCGAGAAAGUGUGCGCGCCAUUGGUCGUUGUGCACAAACCGAUUCAAAGACUUCGAGUUAUUGCUUACGGUUACUUCUAUCCCGAAUAUCUAGCAUCGAUGACAACGUCGUUUCAGAGUCACUGACAAUCAUCCGACAUCUCAUUCAACAGAACCCAGAUGCUCACAAACAAACUAUAGUUCGGCUGGCAGGUUAUCUUGAAACCACGUCAAAUUCAGGAGCUAGAGCUUCAAUUAUCUGGCUGGUAGGCGAGUAUGCUGCGGCAGAUCUAGAAAAUAGCAUCGCUCCGGAUGUGUUGCGCAUUCUUGCCAAAGGAUUUGCUGAUGAGACCGAAGAGGUUAAGCAGCAGAUUGUGUUACUAGCUGCUAAAGUCUACCUUCAUCAUCUACUCCAGAACCCGCCUUCUGAAAAAUCACCUCAACCUGAGAAGAAUGAUCAAGAUGAUAAUAAUGCCUGGACUGCGGGCGAGACUCAAAACGGUCAUGAAAACGCUGCAAACGCAAGUGAAGCGGAACAACAAGACAAGCCGUCAGGAGAUGACCGUAUAACACUGCUAUGGAGAUAUAUUCUUCUUCUCACUAGAUACGACACAUCAUAUGAUCUUCGAGAUCGCGCACGCAUGUAUAGAGGACUUUUGUCCGAUCCCAAGAACACGCAGAUGGCCAGGUUGCUACUUCUGGCUCCAAAAUCGGUGCCACAUGCCCCAAGUCCGUCUGAGACACGACGAGAUCUCCUUAUCGGUACGUCGACACUUGUCGUGGGACCUGACUCCGGACCAUUGGGUCUGGCCGGCUACGAGCCUCUACCGGACUGGGUAGCGGCUGGACAAGAACCCGAUAGAUCUUUACGCGAGGAUGGCGUGGCCAUCGAGUCUUCGACAAGCCGGGAUUCGCAACGGUUAACAGCAGGACAGCGUCUCGAUAAAGCAUUACAAGAGCACGAGACGAGUGCAGCACCAAGCGGAGCAGCAAGAAAGGCACGGGUCGGUGCUGCAGCUGGCAGUGCCAUAGGAAAUAAGAGUCUAAAUGAUUGGCUUGACGAAGAAGAUGAGGAGGAAGAAGAAGAAGAAGAGAUAUCGGAGGAAGAGUCCGGGUCUACAGAAUACGAAACCGAUUCGGGGGAGGAAGAGACGGACUCCGAUGAGGAAGACGAUGAUGAAGAAGAUGAAGAGGACGAAGGAGAAUCUGAUUCAGAAGCUGCUCAAAUGCAAGGAUUGCUAAAGAGAUAA